GUAAGAACUGGACUGCUCAAAUGUAGUCGGCUGCGGGCACUACUUGACAAAGUUACGCCCCGUUGUGUUGUUGUUUUCUCAGCAGCAUCGGACAUCAAUCAAACCUAGUGAUCUCCCCCAUUUUGCCAAACCAUCACUAAGUCAGUAUGGUGAACAUCGCUGUCGCCGGCGGUACUGGAAACGUCGCGACCGAGAUACUCCGAGCGACAAUUGCAUCCGGGAGACAUAACAUCACCAUCUUUACACGGGGCAGCAAAACCGCGGAAUCGUCGCAACCAAACGUGACAUACAAAGCCGUAGAUUAUUCCGAUCACGCUGCUCUUGUAGAUGCACUUCGGGGGUUUGAUAUCUGUUUGUGUUUUAUGAUCAUCAUAGGCGAAGGAUAUACUGCCCAGAUCAAACUCAUUGAUGCUUGCAUCGAGGCUGGGGUGAAGAGAUUCGCACCUUCAGAGUGGGGCAUCAAGAACGGGAGCCCUGUCCCAGAUUACAAGCCCAAAGACGAAACGGUUGAAUAUCUGAAAGAAAUCAAUAAAGACAAAAAGGUGCUGGAGUACACACUCUUCCAACCAUCCAUCUUCAUGGACUACUUCGCGCACCCGAACCCUCUUUCACCAAACCUCCACACCUGGUCAUUCUUCAUCGACCCAUCGUCCCGCCACGCCAUCCUCCCAGAAUCCCAAGACGAUCCGCUCGUCUUGACCCGCAUUUCAGACGACUCUGAGAUCCUCCUGCGCGCCAUCGAAGACCCUAACCCCUGGCCCGUCAUCGGCGGGAUCCGCGGCUGCAGGACGACCAUUCGCGAAUUGUUCGCUCUCUCCAAGGAGAUCAGGGGCGGGGAGUGGACGAUCGAGAACGUUAGCGACGAGGACGUCGAGAACAAGACGUUGCAAACGAAGUGGUGCCCCCAGAUGACGCAUCCGUCUCUCCCGCUUGAGGUCCGUGAAUCGUACUCGAAGGUCUUCCUGAACAACUUCUUGAGUGCGAUUUUGGCGGGCUCGUGGGACGUGUCGGAUGAGUUCAACCAGAGGUAUCCGGAUUAUAAGUUUACGAAUCUGAAGGACUAUCUUAAAGAGGCUUGGGAGGGGAAGCCGUAAUGAGAAAGACGGCCAGUCUGGAAACAUUGUAUUGAGCCAUAUAUCACACAUAUCAAUAUGGAGAUUGAAACCAAGAGACAGCAUCUGGAUAAACAUAAAAUAUAUCUACAAGAG